UGGGAAGACACCGAUGGUUGAGUUCAUCGCACUCUGGUUAGCUGAUUGUGGAAUUUCGCCUCUGAUUCUUUCCAGGUUGCUUGUCCUCAACUUCAAAAAUCUCAGUGAUGGAGCGCUUCUUCAGCACUUUCAAUUAUGACUUCAAACCCAUCAUCCUCACCAAUUAGAUUAGAAGAAGCCAUGGAAAUGAGAAUAGCUAGAAUGCUGAGUUUUGCACAACGCAUACAACCUUUUGCUAGAUAUUAUCAAACAAAAGUACCACCUCUACAUCAAAACCUUCAAUGUUAUUGGCUCCUACAUCCGUUUCCUAGAUAUUUUCAAUCAAAAGUUCCAACUGCACAUCAAAACUUUCAAGGUUUUUUGCUCCUGCAUCCUGCAACUGUCAAUCAAAUAUUUCAAUUUUGCACCAUCAGAAGCUUCCCCUAUGUAUCUAAUUGGUUCUCAUUAAUUAGUAACUAUAUUUACCAAGGAUCAUGGAAAGAGGCCCUGGUUGUGUAUAAACAAAUUCGUUAUGAAGGAAUCUACCUUUUUAGCGUGAUCCCUUUGUUACUUAAAGCUUGUGCUUCUCUUUCAUUCUUUGAUUAUGGGAAGGCUUUGCAUGCGGAGUCCAUUAAGGCUGGUUCAGACAGUGAUGUAACGAUUGGAACCACAUUAAUUGGUAUUUAUGCUAAGCGUGGUGCUGUUCUUGAUUCCUGUAAGGUGUUUAAAUCUAUGCCUGAGAAAAAUGUUGUCACCUGGAAUGCCAUGAUUAAUGGAUACCUAAAAAAUGGGGACACAAAUUCUGCAUUAAUUCUAUUUGACAAGAUGCCAGAACGAACAGAAGUAACUUGGAAUCAGAUGAUUGAUGGGUUGGCAAGGAGUGGAGAUAUUGUCACUGCUCGACAGUUGUUUGAAAAUGGUCCACCUCAGUUAAAAAAUGUGGGAACAUGGACUGUGAUGGUUGAUGGGUAUGCUAGAAGAGGGAAUAUGGAAGCUGCCAGAGAGAUCUUUGAGCAGAUGCCUGAGAGGAAUUUCUUCGCCUGGUCAUGUAUGAUUUGUGGGUACUCAAGGAUAGGCAAUGUCAAAGAGGCCAAGGCCAUUUUUGGGCAGGUUCCUGUCCGGAAUUUAGAGAUUUGGAAUUCCAUGAUUUCUGGGUAUGUCCAGAAUGGAUUUGGUGAGGAAGCACUAAAAGCAUUUGAUGACAUGCAAGCUGAAGGGUUUCAUCCAGAUGAGUUUACUGUUGUUAGUAUUUUAUCUGCUUGUGCUCAGUCGGGGCUUCUAAAUGUUGGUAAGAAAAUCCACCAUAUGAUAAGAAAGAGAGCACUAAAGAUGAAUCAGUUUGUUCUUAGUGGAUUAAUUGACAUGUAUGCAAAAUGUGGGGAUUUAAUCAAUGCAAGAUUGGUCUUUGAAGAGUUUACUGAAAGGAACAUCUUCUGCUGGAAUGCAAUGAUAUCUGGUUUUGCUAUCAACGGAAAAUGUCUUGAAGUCCUUGAGUUUUUGGGCAGAAUGGAGAAUUCAAAUGUAAGGCCUGAUGGCAUCACCUUUCUCACUGUACUCACAGCUUGUGCUCAUGGGGGCUUUGUGAAUGAAGCAUUAGAAUUAAUAUCCAAAAUGCUGAAAUGUGGAUUGGAAAUAAGCAUCAAGCAUUACGGAUGCAUAGUUGACCUCUUGGGGCGGACAGGGAGAUUAGAGGAGGCUUAUGAGUUGAUAAAAAGAAUGCCAAUGAAACCCAAUGACACAGUUCUAGGAGCAAUGCUCGGAGCAUGUCGGAUUCAUUCAGAUUUGGAAAUGGCUGAACAAAUAAUGAAGGAUAUUAGGGCACAAAGUCUGGACUCUCUUUCUGGCGAUAAUUCUUAUGGUGUGCUUAUGUCUAAUAUCUAUGCAGCUUCUGAAAAAUGGGAGAAAGCUGAAAGGGUGAGGAUUGUCGAGGAGAAUGAGGGAUCUCAAAAGACACCUGGUUGUAGCUCAGUCAUAUUCAGUGGCUCAGAGUCUCAAUUUUGUGUUGUUGCCAAGUAACAACUAUUGUAAACUUGGGCAUGGCUGACUGAGAAACGUGCAAGGAGCUUAAUAUAAUAGUACUAUCUUGGAGCUCUGCACCAAGACCAAAUCUAUUGCUGCUGCUCCCGUAAUAGGUUUAUGUUCCAAUAGCUCAAGCAUGCAGAGUACAUGGAGUUAGUUUACUGAUCACAGUUUUAUCAGAGUUUAAGACAAGAUGGAUUUCUUUAAAUAAAUAAAUAAAAUAUAUUAAAUUUUCAUUUUUGAUUAAUUUAUUAAAAUCAGUAUACUAUGAAUUGAAAUCAAAAGCAGGGUGUUUAAAAUUAGUUGUAAAUCUGGCCAUAUGUUUUAACAAUCCAACCUGGAAGAAUGACUUUUGGCAUAGUAAUGUGACUUUGAACUGCUAAAGUACUCCUUAAAUUUUUUGAAAAUGAACUUGAUGUCUGGGGAAGGGUAUUAUAUUAUGCAAUUGAGCUUUAUCAUUUUAACAUGAUAUGACUCCUUUCGUUUUCCGGUAGGAUUUUCCAAUGACCUGUGACUGGAUUACUGUAGUUAAUAUGUAGAUCAUUAUAAUUUCGGAAAUAGUAAGCUGAUUUUAGGGGAUUAGAUUAGAUUCAAAUUAUUCCUAAUAUCUCUCCUCACUGUCCCUUGUAAUCUCCUCGAUACACCCGACUCUAUAUUUUCAUUGUACAGUACACUCAGAAAACAUAUUGGACUAUUCAAAAUCACAGUGGCUCCACAAUUACCAGUAAAAUAAUGCCCCUUUUUUAACUCAACUAUUGAUAACAUCCAAAAUUUUCAGAUAAUAAAUAAUAGGAAACUUCUAAAAAGAAACCACCAUAUAUCUCAUUUGGCUCAUUUGUAACCAGGAUAAAUUGUUUAGUUGCAAAGGCAGCAUGUGUGAAAAUUGAAAUAGGCAUACUGAAUGAUCUGCGUUUUUCAUUUGCCCGGUUUUUAAUUUUUCUGUCCUACAAUGGCUGGAUGGAUGUGUUCUGUGACACCUUCAAUGCUUAGCACUAACAGUCUCAGACUGAUUUUUAUUGAAAUUAGCUGUCUCAGACUGAUGGAGACUGCUGGUAUCCUCUUAGAAACUAAGCUUCUUCUAUGAGUUGAUAGGUUAGAAAUCUGUCCAUGCCCCACAUGCCCUAAAGUUACAAUGAGUAUCUUGAGUGGCUAUAUCCUGAAGUUAAUUGAAAUGCCAAUCCUUCAUGACAAACUAAAACUAUAAUUAUAAUGUAUAUUCAGUUCAGCUUUUAAUCAGCAAGAUGCACAGCCGAAUCAAUCUAUCCCUUUUUG